UAUUCCCUACACCCCCACCUCCUUCCCCUAUCCCUCCUCCUUACAAACAGGGGAGGAGAUAAGGGGAGUCCAGGUCGUCAUGACAGAGCUGAAGGCAAAGGAACCCCAGGCUCCCCACGUGGCAGGCGCCGCGCCCUCCUCCACACUGCUCGGAGCGCCUCUGAUGGGACUCCGGGACGCUGGCCCUUUUCAGGAGAGUCAGACCUCGAACUCCUCGCCUGUAGUCUCAGCUAUACCUAUCUCUCUGGACCCGUUGCUCUUCCCUAGGCCUUGCCAGGGACAAGACCCGGACCCGAAGACACAGGACCAGCAGCCGCUGUCAGAAGUGGAGGGGGCGUAUCCCAGAGUUGAAGCCACAAGCAGUGCAGGAGCUGGCAGCUCUAGACCCCCAGAAAAGGACAGAGGGCUGCUGCACAGUGUCUUGGACACGCUACUGGAGCCUUCAGCUUCCGGGCAGACCCACGCCAGCUCUCCUGCCUGUGAGGCCGCCAGCCCUUGGUGCCUGUUUGGCUCUGAGCUUCCUGAAGACCCCCGGGUUGCCCCCACCACCCAGGGGGGGUUGUCUUCGCUCAUGAGCCGGCCAGAGGGCAAGGCUAGCGACAGCUCCGGAACGGCAACUGCCCACAAAGUGCUGCCCAGGGGUCUGUCACCGCCCCGACAGCUGCUGCCCCUGACCUCUGGGAGCCACCAUUGGUCUGGGGCCUCAGUGAAACCAGCUCCGCAGCCUGCUGUGGUAGACGUAGAGCAGGAGGAUGGCUUGGAGUCCGAAGGCUCCGUGGGUCCACUUCUGAAGGGCAAAUCCCGGCCUCUGGGAGGCACGGCAGCUGGAGGAGGAGCUGCAGCCACUGCUCCUGGGGUGGCCGCAGGAAGCGUCACCCUGGUCCCCAAAGAAGAUUCCCGUUUCUUGGCGCCCAAGGUCGCCCUGGCGGAGCAGGACGCGCCAGCGGCGCCCGGGUGCUCCCCGCUGGCCACCACGAUGAUGGAUUUUAUUCACGUGCCCAUUCUGCCCCUCAACUCGGCCUUCCUGGCCGCCCGCACCCGUCAACUGCUGGAAGGGGAGAAUUAUGACGGCGGGGCCGCGGUUGUCAGCGCCUUUGCCCCGCCGCGGGGCUCACCCUCGGCUUCUUCCACCCAGGUCGCUGCUGGCGACUUCUCCGACUGUGCGUACCUGCCCGACGCCGAGCCCAAGGAUGAUGCGUUCCCGCUCUACGGCGACUUCCAGCCGCCAGCCCUGAAGAUCAAGGAGGAGGAGGAAGGCACCGAAGCCGCUGCCCGCUCCCCGCGGCAGUACCUGGUGGCGGGUCCCAACCCCGCAGUCUUUCCGGAUUUGCCGCUGGCGCUGCCGCCGCUCCCUCCGCGAGCGCCGUCGUCCAGACCCGGGGAUGCCGCGGGGGCGUCCGCCGCAUCCGCCAGUGCCACAGUCUCGUCCACGUCCUCGUCUGGGUCGACCCUGGAGUGCAUCCUGUACAAAGCGGAGGGCGCGCCGCCCCAGCAAGGCCCGUUUGCUCCGCCGCCUUGCAAGGCGCCGGGCGCAGGCGCCUGCAUGCUGCCGCGGGACGGUGCCUCCACCUCAGCUUCUGUUGCUUCCGCCGGGGCGGCCUCUGCGCUCUACCCGCAGCUCAGUCUCAACGGGCUCCCGCAGCUCGGCUACCAGGCCGCAGUGCUCAAAGAGGGCCUGCCGCAGGUCUACCAGCCCUAUCUCAACUACCUGAGGCCCGAUUCAGAUGCCAGCCAGAGCCCACAGUACAGCUUCGAGUCCUUACCUCAGAAGAUUUGCUUAAUCUGUGGGGAUGAAGCAUCAGGUUGUCAUUAUGGCGUCCUCACCUGUGGGAGCUGUAAGGUCUUCUUUAAAAGGGCAAUGGAAGGGCAGCAUAAUUAUUUAUGUGCUGGAAGAAAUGAUUGCAUUGUUGAUAAAAUCCGCAGAAAAAACUGCCCCGCAUGUCGCCUUAGAAAGUGUUGCCAGGCUGGCAUGGUCCUUGGAGGUCGAAAGUUUAAAAAGUUCAAUAAAGUCAGAGUUAUGAGAGCAUUGGAUGCCGUUGCUCUCCCACAGCCUGUGGGCAUUCCAAAUGAAAGCCAAGCCCUAAGCCAGAGAAUCGCUUUUUCACCAAAUCAAGACAUACAGUUGAUCCCCCCAUUGAUUAACCUGCUAAUGAGCAUUGAACCAGAUGUGAUCUAUGCAGGACAUGACAACACCAAACCUGAUACCUCCAGUUCUUUGCUGACAAGUCUUAAUCAACUAGGCGAAAGACAACUUCUUUCAGUAGUCAAGUGGUCUAAAUCAUUGCCAGGUUUUAGAAAUUUACAUAUUGAUGACCAGAUAACUCUCAUCCAGUAUUCUUGGAUGAGCUUAAUGGUGUUUGGACUAGGAUGGAGAUCUUAUAAACAUGUCAGUGGGCAGAUGCUAUAUUUUGCACCUGAUCUAAUACUAAAUGAACAGAGGAUGAAGGAAUCAUCAUUCUAUUCACUAUGCCUCACCAUGUGGCAGAUUCCACAGGAGUUUGUCAAGCUUCAAGUUAGCCAAGAAGAGUUCCUGUGUAUGAAAGUAUUGCUACUUCUUAAUACAAUUCCUUUGGAAGGGCUAAGAAGUCAAAACCAGUUUGAAGAGAUGAGAUCAAGCUACAUUAGAGAGCUCAUCAAGGCAAUUGGUCUGAGGCAAAAAGGAGUUGUCUCUAGCUCACAGCGUUUCUACCAACUUACAAAACUUCUUGAUAACUUGCAUGAUCUUGUCAAACAGCUUCAUCUGUACUGCUUGAAUACAUUUAUCCAGUCCCGAGCACUGAGUGUUGAAUUUCCAGAAAUGAUGUCUGAAGUGAUUGCUGCACAGUUACCCAAGAUCUUGGCAGGGAUGGUGAAACCUCUGCUCUUUCAUAAAAAGUGAAUGCCAUUUUUAUCUUUAAAAAUUAAAUUUUGUGGUAUGUCUAUUUUUCUUUUAGUCUGGAUUGUGAGGUCUUGAUUUUUACAAUGUUCUUCUCAAAGCCUUACAUUUAUAACGUAUCAUAUUGUGUAAAUUUCAGAGAGAAUUGUGAACUUUUAAUUGUUUUUCUUUAUAAAGCAUAACUAGAAUUUUUAAAGUG